AUGAAAGACUGGGUCAUCAACGUUACAGUUGUGCUACCUGACAGCCGUAUCGUCAAGACCAGACAGAGGCCAAGAAAGUCUUCUGCCGGCUAUAACCUAAUUUCCCUGUUCGUUGGAGCAGAGGGCACGCUUGGCAUGGUCACCGAAAUUACAUAUAAACUUGCUGUAUUACCGCAGGAAACAGAGGUCGCCGUCGUCUCAUUUGCUUCAAUGAACGAUGCUGCUACUGCCGCAUCUAAGCUGAUACGAUUCUCUGGUACCAAAGAGGGUGUUCAUGGCGAUAUUGCUUCCGUCAAGUCUGUCAUAGAACCGUUCAGCCUGAGCAAGAUAUUGUCUGCCGCAAACAAGCAAGAAGAAAUCGAUUUAUGGUCGGGAAGGAAGGAGGCGCUGUGGACAAUGACGUCCAUUGAGCCUCAAGGUUUCAACAUUUGGUCAACUGAUGUUGCAGUUCCUAUAUCUAAGCUUGCAGAACUUAAUGGUACGUCUGAGAUCUGGGAGGGUGACGCGAUACUGAGCAUGCCCUUCACAGAUAUUUCCAAGCAAGAAUCCGACAAACUCUGA